AUGAGAUACUUACAUGGUCUACGCCUAGGGUUGAAAGAAAAGAUUCACAGGGUUGAUGAAGAGAGUAUGGCCACUAUCAAGGAGGCAGCACUUAAGUAUGAAGCCUAUGAAGUUGAGGGUAGAGAGGAACACAAGGCCAAAGAAGAGGAGAAGAAGAGGAAGUUUGGAGUGAGUUAUGUUGGACCUCGUUACCCACCCAGGAGAGGUCCUAGCAGUUUUGGGAGAACACAGAGUCAAUCUAUGUCGGGAACAUCAUACAGGGCACCAAUUUCCUCAGCCACACAAUUUCCAUUUUGUCAAGUUUGUCAGAAGAGACAUCUUGGAGAGUGUAGGAGAUUUUCUGGUGUAUGCUUUCACUGUGGACAACCUGGGCAUAUCAGGAGGGACUGUCCGCAUUCGAGAGAAGUAAGAGCUACACAGUCUGAGCCUUCAGUGCAAAUUAGUAGAGCCCCAUUCAGGGGUGGUUACCAGGGAGGUCGUAGUGGAUUUCAGAGUGGUCGUGGUGGUUCACGGGGUGGUAGAGGUGGUGGUCGAAAUCAGCCAUCAGGAAGUGGUACGCAGGGUCCCAGAGCACAGGGAGCACCGAGGGUUUAUGCAAUGACCCGAGGUGAGGCAGAAGUGGCACCAGAAGUUGUGACUGGUAUGCUUUCUAUCAUUGGCAAGAAAUUAUAUGAUUUAAUCGAUACUGGUUCCUCUCACUCAUUCAUGUCAUAUACGUUUGCACAUAUGCUACACUUAGUUCCAUAUAAGCUAGGUUAUACCUUAUGUGUUAAAAGACCUGUGGGAGAUACCUUAAAGGUAGACUCAGUUAUUAGAAGUUCCUUCAUUUAUGUGGAAGGAGCUUUCCUAGCAGCAGAUUUAAUUCUGCUACCUUUUGAUGAAUUUGAUGUCAUCCUUGGAAUGGACUUUCUGGAAACACAUGGAGCUGUUGUGGAUUGUCAAAAGAAAGAAGUGUUAUUCAACACACCAGAUAAAGGUCAUGUUGUAUUCCGAGGCAUUAAGAAAAAAGAGACUCAUGGUUUUCUUUCUGCCUUGGAAGCUUUUCGAUUAGUGAAGGAAGGUUGUGAAGCCUUUCUUGCUCAAGUUACUGUAGUAAAUGAUAAGAAGGUUGAGGAUGUAGAGGUGGUAAGGGAGUUUCCUGAUGUAUUCCCCGAAGAACUUCCCGGCCUUCCACCAGAAAGGGAAAUAGAGUUUGAUAUUGAAUUGGUACCUGACACAACACCAAUUUCAAUGACACCAUAUAGAAUGGCACCAAUUGAACUGAAGGAGCUUAAAGAACAAUUGCAAGAAUUGCUAGACAAGGGUUUUAUUCGACCUAGCAUCUCACCUUGGGGUGCACCGGUUUUGUUUGUCAAGAAGAAAGAUGGCUCCAUGAGAAUGUGCAUUGCCUACCGGAGGUUGAAUAAGGCGAUAGUGAAGAAUCGUUAUCCCCUUCCAAGAAUAGAUGAUUUGUUUGAUCAAUUGCAGGGUGCAUCAGUCUUUUCUAAGAUUGAUUUGAGGUCUAGAUACCAUCAACUGAAAGUGGCAGAUGGAGCGACCUCAAAUACAGCUUUUAGAACAAGAUAUGGGCAUUAUGAGUUUCUGGUAAUGCCUUUUGGACUCACUAAUGCGCCAGCAGUAUUUAUGGCUCUUAUGAACAGAGUUUUCCAUGAAUAUCUUGAUAAGUUUGUGAUUGUGUUCAUAGAUGAUAUUCUCAUCUAUUCUAAAAGCGAGGAGGAGCACAAAACUCACCUUAGAAUUGUGUUGCAGAUUCUAAGAGAGAAACAAUUAUAUGCAAAAUUUUCAAAAUGUGAAUUUUGGCUGAAGGAGGUAAUAUUUAUGGGACAUAUAAUUUCUGGAAGAGGUGUCGAGGUGGAUCUGAAAAAGGUGGAAGCAGUGGUGAGUUGGGCUCCACCAAAAGAUGUGUUGGAGUUGAGAAGUUUUCUUGGCAUGGCUGGUUAUUAUCGGCGGUUUGUCGAAGGAUUUUCUAAAAUUGCUGCACCAUUGACUAAAUUGUUGAGGAAGAAUACCAAGUAUGUUUGGGAUGAAUCAUAUCAAAAGAAUUUUGAUGAACUGAAGAAGAAAUUGACCACAGCACCAGUACUGGCUUUACCUUCAAACUAUGGAGAGUUUGUGGUGUAUAGUGAUGCCUCAUAUCAAGGACUGGGUUGUGUGCUAAUGCAAGAUGGAAGAGUUAUCGCAUAUGCCUCUAGGCAAUUGCAUCCUCAUGAAGUAAAUUAUCCCACUCAUGACGUAGAAUUGGCAGCGGUGGUAUUUGCUCUCAAGAUUUGGUGA